AUUAUUUUGGUGAUUUUGGAGCACCUGGACACUCUUAUCCACUAUGCAUUUUUGUGGGGCGGGGCUCACUAUUGAGUGUAUGUACCCACAAAAAUGUGUAUUGAAGCAGAGAGAAUGAAAGAUGCUACCAAGCACCGUUGCAAAGUGGGUAUAGAGCAGCUGAUCUGGCCUUUUAUCCUGGCAAUCAAUGGUUUUAUUGUUGCCCGAACAAUCGACAGUUCAGAUUUAUAUGUACUCAAAUUCAAUCUGAGUCGUUCGUGCCUAGAUGAACAACCGGAUUGAGUGCUUGGGAUCGCUUUGCAGGGAUGCUGCAGAACUCCUAGACCUCCAAAUACAGUAAUUACUCCAUUGCUCUGCUGGUAUCUCCGCAUCUUCCUGAAGGCAUCUGAGCAUCUCUCUCUCUCUCUCUCUCUCUCUCUCUCUCUGCACAUUCCAUUCGUUCUGAAAAAUAUGCUCUCCCAAAUCUCUCUCCUGUUCCCAUCCAAUUAGCGGCUGAAACCCAUUUUAUACUCUCUCUCGUCCCAUUUCUUUGGAUUGUUACGAUCUUUAGAUUAUAAUUUCCUCCCCUCUUGUGAUUUCCUCCUGAAAAACAUUUACUUUCAACCAUAACCAUAAACCAUAGCAACAUAUAAUACCUAUAAAACAAAUCUCAAGAAACCCUUUCUGGGUCUUUCUCCCUUCUGUGCCGGUCUCAUCCUAUUUCAGAGGAUGGGUGAUGUUCAAGAAACUUGCGAGGCUUCAAGGGAGUUAUGUGAGGGGAUCAAUGAGAAUGAACGGGAGCCGUGUUCGAAGCAAGGGAAAGGGAAGAGAUUUUGGAAGAAGGUGAAGUACCAAUUGGUGGAAUACCACUCAUUGCCUGGGUAUUUGAGGGACAAUGAGUUCAUAAUCGGUCAUUAUCGAUCCGAAUGGCCGAUGAAGCAGGUCUUGUUGAGCAUGUUCACCCUUCAUAACGAGACCCUCAAUGUUUGGACGCAUUUGAUAGGCUUCUUUCUUUUUCUUUCCUUAACAAUAUACACUGCAAUGAAGAUUCCAAAGGUCGUGGAUUUGCACUCUCUACAACACUUUCCUGAUGUGUUGAAACAUGCUGAUCUUCACAAGCUGCAAUCUGAGCUUUUGUCUUGCAUGCCUUCCUUGGCCAACAUGAGUACAAUGGAUUUGCUACCAUCGCCAUCAACUUGGCAUAUCACGGAACUCCUCACCAACUGUUUGCCCGAGCGAUUAUUUCAUGCCAACCACACUGAUGUUUGUGUUCUGCACAGCGUAAAGGAGGACGUCGCAAACAUGAUCGCACCCUUGAUGGUCAGGCCAAUCACGCGGUGGCCAUUCUUCGCCUUCUUGGGUGGAGCCAUGUUCUGCUUGCUCUCUAGCAGCACAUGUCACCUACUCGCCUGCCAUUCUGAGCGGAUGGCAUACAUCAUGCUGAGGGUCGACUAUGCUGGAAUUUCAGCUCUGAUCUCAACCUCCUUCUACCCUCUCGUCUACUAUUCCUUCAUGUGUGAGCCCUUCUUCUGUAACCUCUACCUGGGAUUCAUAACCCUUUUAGGAAUCGCCACCGUCUUGGUUUUGCUCAUCCCUAUAUUCCAGACACCUGAAUAUCGUAACUUACGCACAUCCCUAUUUUUCGGGAUGGGAUUCUUUGGAGUCGCCCCGAUCAUGCACAAGCUUUUCCUUUUCUGGAACCGCCCCGAGGCAUUGCACACGACUGGGUACGAGAUAUUGAUGGGUUUGUUUUACGGAAUGGGUGCACUGAUUUAUGCUACUAGGAUCCCGGAGCGAUGGAUGCCUGGUAAGUUUGACAUUGCAGGCCAUAGCCACCAGCUUUUUCACGUGUUGGUGGUGGCCGGGGCCUACACACAUUACCGGGCGGGUCUGGUUUACCUUCGGUGGCGAGAUUUGGAAGGGUGUUAAAAAAAGUUCAUCAUUAGAGCCUCUCUUUUUUUUCAGUUAUAAUUUUUUUUCCCGAUGUAUGAAUAAGGGAUACUAGAUAUGUGUGUUUCUAUAAUGUAGAGGGGGAGAGAUCUAUAGUCUGAUCAUUUUCACAAGGGAAGGUCAGAUUUGUUUUGACUUGUAGCUGAAUUGUUGAAACUUGUUUCCCCCUAUUUUACCAUAUGUAUGUAUAAUGAUUAUUGUUGUUUAUUCAUUGGUGACAUUCAAAUUGGCUGGAAUGGUAAAGGUGUUCAUAAUUGGCUUC